AUGUUCUUUCAUUCCCGGGAUCCGUCAUUCAAGGAUGCUGACAUUCAGAGGAUUCUGGAAAAGCUGAAGGCUUCUAGAAACUUUGGUGACAAGAUCAAGAUGUUUUCAGCCAAGGACUUUGAGAACAUCGCUAAGAAUGUGGAUCACCGCAAGGGAGAGGGUUAUGAUGAUGACAUCGUCGCUGACGACUCGUCCGACGUCGUCGAGCUGACGCCGAACAAUUUCGGCGAUUUCGUGGGAACGGAGAAGGCGGUUUUCGUGAAAUACUACGCACCAUGGUGCGGCCACUGCAAGAAGCUGGCUCCGGAUUACGAGAAACUCGCCACAGCCUUCAAGAAAACCAAGACGGUGGUGAUUGCCAAGGUGGACUGUGACGCGUACAAGGAGAUGUGCAGCGACUACAGGGUGCGUGGCUACCCCACUCUCAAGUGGUUUCCCGCUGGCACUGACAUUCCAGACGACUAUGACGGGCGCAGGGAGGCUGCAAGCAUGGUGACAUGGGUGAAUGAGAAGCUGGGCACGAGUGUGCGUGUGCCAGUGGCCGUGUCUCACGUGGUGGACCUCACACCUGCCACCUUUGAUGCGGUCGCUCUAGACCCCACCAAGCACGUGCUCGUAGAGUUCUACGCCCCGUGGUGCGGCCACUGCAAGCAACUCGCCCCUGUAUACGAGCAGGUGGCAGAGGCAUUCAGGCUGGAGAGUAACGUGGUGAUCGCCAAGGUGGACGCUGACCAGCACCAGCAGCUCAAGGACAGGUUCGCCAUAUCGGGCUUCCCCACGCUCAAGUGGUUCCCAGCAGGCAGCGGGGCGGAGGAGGGAGGACAGGAAGGGGAGCAGUACAGCGGGGAGAGGGGGUUGAUGCAGCUGGUGCGGUUUGUGAAUGAGCGCGCCAGCACCAGCAGGACCAUCAAGGGCGGCCUCACUGGUGCGGUAAGUUCGUGUCCGUAG